UAUGCUACUAUUUUUAUUAUUAUUAUUAUUAUUAUUAUUAUGCCGGUUAGUGUGUAGUGUUGUACUUUGGUGCUAGUACUACGGUAAAUUUCUAUUGCCGUUUGUGUGCUGUUCUUGCAAUAGUGGUUAUCAUUGUGCAUUGAGUACAUUGAGGUUACGACGCGUAUGCAAUCUGUAUAUUCAUCUAAGUUUAACGCUUGGUAUUACUGCUGUUGUCGCUGUUGGGGUUGCCCUUCCUGGGGCUGGUUGGACUAUUUCUGUUAAGGAGCCAGCCAACGAGGGUUUGGUAAACGUGGAGUGCUUGUCUGUGUAUCUGUGUGUAGGUUGUCACGCAGCGACAGAGAAAAUGUGUGAGUGCAACGAGAGCGGUAGUAACACAGUAGUACAGUGAUGUCGAUCAUAUACACACAGAAAUAGUUAUAUAUACACACACAAGCGAAUACGCAUACACUAUGCAAGCCUUACUAAUGUGGUUCCGCGGCCGUGGUACGAAACAGUGACAAUGCUACAGUAGUAACUGAACGAGUGGCAGUAUCUAGACACGCGCAACUCUGUAGGACAACUUACGAUCACACCGAACAACAACAAUAAUAAUCACAGGCACAAGUAACAUCAGUAAUAGCACGUAAUCUGCUCUUUAGAGAGUGUGAGUGUUGAACAAUAAGUUUUAUUUCGCAGCGCUCUCCUGUAAGAAUCGGUGAAUUUUUUUCUUCCGGGAAACAGCUACAAACAACAAGGCAGUCGAAGUCAACCGUGAAGACCAUGCAAGGAUCUUUCUGCCUGGCCGAUCGGCUCGGCCUAUAAAUAAGCACGCCUGGGAUUUAGUUUUGCAUUUGUAUGCGUAUCGAGGAGGUGCGAGUAUAGGUGGUGGACUUGUGAGUGGCGGACGAAUUAAAGAGACAAAAAAAAGAACAAGUACGAUCGACGAGUUCACAGUCGUCAUUAUAUCAUCAGGAGAGUAAAAUAUGCGAAAGAUAGAGCAUUUAAGACACACGUUAAAGGUAUUAUCUUCUAAUGGCAAUUACAGUCGCAGAGACGUCAAUAAUAAGUACAAGAGAAGAAGGAAAAACAAAUCGCAUUAAACUUUGAUUGAGUGCCAGUUAGGAGGGAAGUAGUAAAUUCCGCGAACCCCAUUAAGUUCUUCAAUCAGGACACUGGAGAGACUGCGAGAGCGAAAUAAGCUACGCAAUAUGUAAAUUAACUACAUGCAAAAUCUUGGAAAUUUUAACUAGUUAUACUUGCUUCUGCGUCAGUUGGAUAGUACGGUGCGCAAGCCUUGCAAACGGAAGACAUCAGUGAGGUAAAGCAAAAAGGUGACGUACUGCAAAACGUCGUGCACUUCAUUCUGGAUUUGGCGCGACUGAAGGUGUGUAUUAUCGAGUCUAUAGUUAUUGUGGCGUGCGGGCGGAAACGGCAAUGCUGGAGAGAAUGACGCCAAAUUUCUCGUCAAUCGUCGAGAAUGUCCAAAUGGCUCGUGAAUUGGCACUGUUGGGCAACUAUGAAAGUGCAGUGGUAUAUUAUGAAGGAGUCAUGCAAAGCGUACAGGGGGUGCUGCGAGGCAUUUCACAAGACAGCGUUAAUGAUGGACACCGUUUGGAAGCAUGGAAAACGAUUCUUCAUCAGAUGAGUACAGAGUACAAUCAAUUGAAGGAAGUAGUUUCUACGCUGUCUGGCUUCAAAAACGAACCUGAUCUUCGCGUGGCCGUUUCUGGGAUGAAUAAAAUGAAUAACGGUGCUGGUAGCGCUUUAACCCAUUUGCCUCACGCCUGGACACUUGGCCCAUCGGGGGAGAUGCACCCUAUUACGAUGGGAAGUCACGGAGACCUAAUGAUGCAACAACAAUCCCACGACCCCGAUGUUUGGGGACCGCCGCCAGAAGACAGCCGUCCGCUGCGACAAACCGCUCGUUCGACAAAUCGCCGCUCCGAUGCACGGAGCAAUCGCCAGCCAACUUCACGGCGGGGUUCAGUGAGCAAGGACGUUUCCGGAGGUGCGGGCGGUAGUCGUGGAGGUGGAACAAAUGCGCAUCGGGGCGCGGGCCAAAGUGGCGCACUGCGAGCGCGAGGCGGAACUGCAGGACAACAGCACGAUAAUUCCCGAAGGGCUAAGGAUGACAAAAGCGGCGGUGGUAAGGAAAGUGGUGCAGGAAGCGGUGUAGAAGAGGAGAAACGAUUUGAAUGUGCCAAUAUGGACCAAGAGCUCGUGGAUAUGCUCGAGCGCGAUAUUCUGCUGAAGAAUCUCAAUGUACGAUGGGCAGAUAUAGCAGAUCUUGAGGAGGCUAAGAAGUUACUCGAAGAGGCGGUGGUACUUCCUUUACUUGUACCCCAUUUUUUCACGGGCAUCCGGCGGCCCUGGAAGGGUGUGCUUAUGGUAGGCCCACCAGGUACUGGAAAAACUAUGCUAGCCAAAGCGGUGGCCACUGAGUGUAAGACUACCUUCUUUAAUGUAUCCAGCUCUACGCUAACAUCUAAAUAUCGUGGAGAAAGUGAGAAACUCGUACGACUGUUGUUCGAAAUGGCCCGUUUUUAUGCUCCGUCAACCAUCUUCAUCGAUGAAAUCGACUCAUUAUGCUCGCGCAGAGGAAGCGAGAGCGAACAUGAAGCCUCACGAAGAGUAAAAAGUGAAUUACUUAUACAGAUGGACGGAGUCACAAACGGCGAUGACCCAACCAAAGUGGUUAUGGUCUUAGCAGCUACAAACUUCCCUUGGGACAUUGAUGAGGCCCUCCGCAGAAGGUUGGAAAAGAGGAUCUACAUUCCACUUCCGAAUGAGGUGGGAAGGCAAGCACUACUUGAGAUAAACCUUCGUGGAGUGGAGCAGGCUGCAGACUUGGACCUUAGCUGGGUAGCGAGUCGCUUAAAUGGGUACUCGGGUGCAGAUAUCACUAACGUUUGCAGGGACGCCUCUAUGAUGUCAAUGCGAAGAAGGAUUUCUGGACUCACUCCAGAUCAAAUCCGAGCUCUGUCUAAAGAGGAAUUGGAAAUGCCGGUGAGCCUAAACGACUUCGAGGAAGCAAUCCGAAAAGUGAACAAAUCUGUAUCUAAAGAAGACCUCGAAAAAUAUGAGAGAUGGAUGAAUGAGUACGGGUCAAUGUAAUUGGUGAUAGAUACACAAUAAUCUUUAUCUAGGUCGGUUAUGGGCAAGCUAGAUUUCUAUAACAAUUUUUCCUAAUACAGGUCAAAGCUGGAAACUGAAGGAGUGCAAGUAUUAUAGGCUCUGAGAUUUGCGACAAGAAUACAGCCAAAAGUUGACUAUUUCGAAUGGCCAAUAAACCAAGGUCCCGACGCCUGUGAUUACAAGUUAAUGUACUUCCCAGCCACGCCCUCACACCCAAUUCAGAAUUUCAGUUUUUAAAUACUAAAGAGCCAUUCAGUAUAAGCCAAUAUGUGUGGUUUAUACCUAUUACACUUAACGGUUUUGUGUAAUUAUUGAAGCUUGUCGAAGUGUACUGCCACACUAGCAGAUAAUACGAUACAUUCUAUAAUUCUGCAAUUUGUAGCACAUACAUACAAAGGUCGAGCGCAACUAAUAAAUUGCACCCUACGAUUUAGUGGCUCGGACAAAAUAGAAAUUAAUUUAAUUCAGUAAAUAUAUAAGCUUCACCUAUUAGAAGUUCUGGCAAAGAUAGACGUUUUGUGAAAUCCUCUUGAGUUAACUAAAGGAACAAUUCGAGUAUUAUUUAGACAAAUAUUCCAAUGGACUCGUAUGAGUUUGCUAAAUGGUAAUUAGUUUGGUUGAUCCAGGUAUGACUGUCACGCAUUAAUGAAAUGUGACAACUGUUAAACUGCAAAUAAAACUAUCAUAUUGCGAGGUCUACGAAAUCUGAUUGCGUAUUUUACAUAAAUAUGGUCCUUAGCGUUAUUUGGAGAGACCUAAAACUAGGCCAACUUUUUUCUUUGCAUUUGAUAUUAGUAAUUAAUCUAUAUUCAGUAAUCCGAUGGUAUGACAUAAUUUUGUAAGAUCCGCUUGACACAGAAACCUGUGUUAAAACUCUCAAAAUGUUUUAUAU